AUGGAAAGCGUCCCAAAAGUCGCGUGGGUCCUCGCGAGACACAGAACGCACCAGUUUCGCUUCUCACCAUUCCCUCCCUCCCUCUCUCUCUCUCUCUCUCCCCGUCGCGCUCAACCACCACCACCACUCGCUUUCUCUUAGGGCUCCCUCGAGCUCUCUCUCUCUCUCUCUCCCCGUCGCGCUCAACCACCACCACCACUCGCUUUCUCUUAGGGCUCCCUCGAGCUCUCUCUCACACGCCGAAACUAAUAUCCAUACAUAUACAUAUAUAUAGAGAGAGCAAGAGGAGUGCGCAUAAAACAAAGAAAACUCACUGAUAUAUAAACUUCAGCACUUCACAUUAUAAUUUUGACUUUCAAUUCCGAACUAUUUGACUUCGAUUCUUUCGCCGUUAACGCUUGCGAACACGAUGGCUUCGAAUUCCGACUUGGCGCGCACCGUUGAGUCGGUGGUUGGCGUUUCCGUUUCGGAUUCGUUGCUGGUGAUUGUGACCACUUCUGUGGCGUUGGUGAUUGGGAUUCUGGUGUUCGUGUGGAAGAAGUCUUCGGAUCGGAGCAAGGAGCCGAAGCCACUUACAGUGCCUAAGUUGCUGGUGAAGGAAGAAGAAGAAGAAGAAGACGUUGGUGACGGGAAGACUAAGGUUACUAUCUUCUUUGGAACUCAAACUGGUACUGCUGAGGGCUUUGCUAAGGCUUUGGCAGAGGAGAUCAAGGCAAGGUAUGAAAAAGCAGCUAUCAAAGUUGUUGACCUGGAUGACUAUGCAAUGGAUGAUGAUCAAUAUGAGGAGAAGCUGAAGAAAGAGACACUUGCAUUUUUUAUGUUGGCAACGUAUGGAGAUGGAGAACCAACUGACAAUGCUGCAAGGUUCUACAAAUGGUUUACUGAGGGUAAAGAUGAGAGGGGUACUUGGCUUGGUCAGCUCACAUAUGGUGUUUUUGGCUUAGGUAACAGGCAAUACGAACAUUUUAAUAAGAUAGGUAAAAUAGUUGAUGAAGAACUUAGUGAACAAGGUGCAAAGCGUCUUGUUCCAUUGGGGCUUGGGGAUGAUGAUCAAUCCAUUGAAGAUGAUUUUGUUGCUUGGAAGGAAUCUCUGUGGCCUGAGUUGGAUCAGUUGCUUCGAGAUGAGGAUGAUGUGCAUACCGUCUCUACUCCUUAUAAGGCUGCUAUUCCUGAAUAUCGACUGGUUAUUCAUGACCCCACUUUCACAUCAUGCAUUGAUAAUCACUUAAAUGUGGCAAAUGGGAAUGCUGUGUUUGAUAUUCAUCAUCCUUGCAGAGUUAAUGUUGCUGUUCAGAGAGAGCUUCACAAACCUGAGUCUGAUCGCUCUUGCAUACAUUUGGAGUUUGACAUAUCAGGGACUGGCAUAAUAUAUGAAACUGGUGACCAUGUGGGUGUUUUUGCUGAAAAUUCUGAAGAAACUGUUGAAGAAGCUGGGAAGUUGUUGGGUCAGGAUUUAGAUUUUCUAUUCUCUCUUCAUGCUGAUAAUGAAGAUGGUACUCCUCUAGGAGGUUCUCUGCCACCUCCUUUCCCUGGCCCUUGCACACUGCGAUUUGCUUUAGCACAUUAUGCAGACCUCUUGAAUCCCCCACGCAAGUCUGCUUUGGUCGCUCUGGCUGCUCAUACAUCUGAACCUAAUGAAGCAGAUAGAUUAACAUUCCUCUCAUCUCCUCAGGGGAAGGAUGAGUACUCCAAAUGGGUGGUUGGAAGUCAGAGAAGUCUCCUUGAGGUAAUGGCUGAGUUUCCAUCAGCAAAACCACCCCUUGGUGUUUUUUUUGCUGCAGUAGCCCCUCACUUACAGCCUCGUUAUUAUUCUAUUUCAUCCUCACCUAGGUAUGCCCCAAAAAGGGUACAUGUAACUUGUGCCUUGGUGUAUGGUCCAACUCCUACUGGAAGAAUUCAUAAAGGAGUAUGUUCAACCUGGAUGAAGAAUGCCAUUCCUUUAGACAAAAGUCGUGACUGUAGUUCAGCUCCUAUUUUUAUUAGAACAUCAAAUUUCAAGUUACCAGCUGAUCAUUCCAUUCCUAUUGUUAUGGUUGGUCCUGGUACUGGCUUGGCACCCUUCAGGGGAUUUUUACAGGAAAGAUUGGCCCUCAAAGAGGAUGGCGUUCAACUUGGUCCUGCAUUACUCUUCUUUGGAUGUAGGAAUCGUCAAAUGGAUUUUAUUUAUGAGGGUGAGCUGAAGAAUUUUGUGGAACAAGGUGCUCUGUCAGAGUUGAUUGUCGCAUUCUCUAGAGAGGGACCUGAAAAGGAGUAUGUUCAACACAAGAUGAUGGAUAAAGCAGCAAAUGUGUGGAGUUUAAUUUCUCAGGGAGGUUAUCUUUAUGUCUGUGGUGAUGCUAAGGGUAUGGCCAGAGAUGUUCAUCGGACUCUUCAUACCAUUGUCCAGCAGCAGGACAAUGUGGACUCUUCAAAGGCAGAGGCUAUAGUGAAAAAACUCCAGAUGGAUGGACGUUACCUUAGAGAUGUCUGGUAAAUGUUCUGAUUAUUCAUCUGUAGGGGUUGUGACAUACUUGCUAUGUGAUAUGUUCAAGAUUGGUUCUAUCACGGAGUUUGGGACACUGAUGAUGGAGGCUGAAACAGGUUUCCUUGCGAAAACAAAUAUUUUUUUUGGACAUUUGUGUGGUUUUCUUAUAUUUUCGUGUCUUAAUGUUCUCUCUUGUCAUGAUAUUUGGACUAGGAUUAUUUUUAGGGGACUGAUAGGUAACCUCAUAGAUCAUUCAAGAAGUAUAGGUCACAGUAGCUUAUUUCCAAUUGACUUGUAUUAUUUAGUUGUAGGAAUUGGUAAUGAAUAAGCGCUCCAUUGAUGAAAUAAGUCUAGUUGAAGAAAAUUGUGUAUA